AUGGCCAAAGUUGCCUGGGCCCGCGAUGUGGGCAUGGCGAAGCAUCCGGAGUGGUAUCCUGAGUUGUCCUCCCACUCCUCGGACAAGCAGAUUGCCAAAGCGCUGUACAUGCAUGGGAUCGAGGGAUGCCCCAGAGUCUGCGAGGAUGACGAGGUGGAAGGUCAUUUCGAGCCGUUCUACGAGGGUGUCCAAGUGGCGGAGUCCGAAAGCUGGAUGAAGGGGGCACAACAGGCCGCAACGGAACCACCAACCACAGAGGCACCCACGAUGCCGCCCACGCGGCCGCCAACGACGCAAGCGCCCAUCACAACACCAGUGCCCACUCUGCCCCCGACCACACAGGCACCCACGCCUGCACCGACCACACAGGCACCGACGCCUCCACCGACCACGACACCAGCACCAACCACGACAGCGGAGGUGACACAGGCACCCACGCCUGCUCCAACCACGACCACGGAGGCACCCGUCCCGACACCAGCACCAACAACCCAGGCACCCGCACCCGCGCCACUGCCCAGCCUGCCUUCUGUUCACCAGGGGUCGAAGAAGCCGGAGUGCUUCCAUGUCGGCUACAGCUACACGCUGCUCGACUGCCUCAACCACGUCCCGAGCAUGACUGACAGCAGAGAAGCCUGCAAGGCGCAUUGUGCCGGCUUCAAGGAAGCAUCUUACUUCGUGUUCCAUGUGCCUUUGUCGCUCUGCCACUGCCCGCCGGCCAGUGCUUCACCGAUUGAGGACAUGGGUCCAGACUACAUCGGGGGCAGCAUGACCUGUGACGCUGCCAGCUAUAUGAAGAGGAACGAUGCAGACGUCCCUGUCUUUGGGACCGUGCCGAAAUUCGCCAGCGCCAUGAGCAACCGCAUCUUGGUGAUCGCAGCUGCAGCGGCUGCGGUGGCAAUGGCCAUGGGCGCCAUUCGCCUCGGGACGCGGCUGACGUGCGACGCCCCACAGGAGGAAUCGGUGAGGUUGUUGGGCCGCACCGCCGGGGAGUUGCAAGCUUUGGAAGCUUAG